GCGAUAAGAGCCGCGACCCGAGUUGCUAAUUGAUUAAUAACAUCGAUUAACGCUGAUUUAUAUAAAAUAAUUCACUCCUCUCAGUAAGUUUCAAAACCGAUUAUUAAGCUUCAUUAUCAUAAAGUACACAUAAUUUCGUAUACACCUCUUACGGUCAUCGCUUUGUUUUUCUUGGAACUCGACUAUCGAAAAGAACGACCGACCGGCCGUGAAUCACCCAGGAGUUGAAUAUCUGGUAUUUUAGCAUUUGAUCCGUGAUCGCCGAGUUCGUGUGCGUUCGUGGAAGACAAAAAAAGUGACUACCUUAAAAUUAAUCUUGCAUUUCUUAGAAAUUUUGUUUUCUUUCACAUGGAAGUUAAUGGUAAUCAACAGAGCUCCAAUUCUAGAGCUUGGAGUGAUAACCUUGGUUGUGUUCAUGUACCAGGAACACCAAAAACACCGCGAACUUCAACUACACCAGGACACGAAAAAUGUACGUUCCACCACGAUUUAGAACUAGAUCAUCAUCCACCAACACGAGAAGCUCUUCUUCCAAAUAUGUCAGAAUCUUACAAAUUGCUUUUAAAAUCAUUGGGUGAGAACCCAACGAGACCAGGGUUAUUAAAAACACCAGAACGAGCUGCCAAAGCAAUGUUAUUUUUUACCAAAGGAUAUGAUCAAAGUUUAGAAGAGACCCUAAAUGGUGCUAUUUUUGACGAAGAUCAUGAUGAAAUGGUUGUUGUUAAGGACAUAGAAAUGUUUUCAAUGUGCGAACAUCACCUUGUACCAUUUUAUGGAAAAGUUUCGAUCGGGUAUUUGCCAUGCGGAAAAAUUUUAGGUCUUAGCAAAUUAGCUAGGAUCGUGGAAAUUUACUCACGUAGAUUACAAGUACAAGAAAGAUUAACAAAACAAAUAGCUUUAGCUGUUACUAACGCCGUCCAACCCACAGGAGUCGCCGUUGUCGUUGAAGCUGUUCACAUGUGUAUGGUUAUGAGAGGAGUUCAAAAAAUUAACAGUAAAACUGUAACAUCGACAAUGUUGGGGGUUUUCCGAGACGACCCAAAAACCAGGGAGGAAUUUCUUAAUUUAGUUCAAACUAAAUAAAAUUAUAAUUUUACGAUAAAGAUUUUAAAUCGAAUAAAGUUUAUUUUUAAAAGUUA